GGAACAUUCGAUCACUGGUCGUGUAGCUAACAGCUAAGCUACGAGUCCAGCCAACAUGGAGAGAAAAGGUAACCCUUCACAACGACACGCCGUACAUCUUCUAGCACUCCAGGCGAGGAAGAAGAGAGGGAAAGCCAAGAAGACCAGCAAAAAACAACCACCCACUACCAGAGCUCGACAGCUGACCCAGCAAGAAGCCUCGCCGCAGGAACCCGAGGAACCUGAGGAGAUCCUGGGCUCUGAUGAUGAGGAGCAGGAGGACCCCAAUGACUACUGCAAAGGUGGCUACCACAGUGUGAAAGUGGGAGACCUUUACAACGGAAAAUACCAUGUUAUCCGGAAACUGGGAUGGGGACACUUCUCCACCGUGUGGCUCGCCUGGGACGUCCAGGUGAAGAGGUUUGUUGCAAUGAAGGUGGUGAAGAGCGCAGAGCACUACACUGAGACCGCAGUGGAUGAGAUCAAACUCCUCAGAUCUGUCAGAAACUCAGACCCUAAUGACCCUAACCGGGAGAUGGUGGUGCAGAUGGUGGACGACUUCAAGAUCUCCGGUAUCAACGGAACACAUGUCUGCAUGGUGUUCGAGGUGUUGGGGCAUCACUUAUUAAAGUGGAUAAUAAAGUCCAAUUACCAGGGCCUGCCCCUGCCGUGUGUGAAGAGCAUCAUAAGACAGGUGCUUCAAGGCCUGGACUACCUGCACACAAAGUGUCAGAUCAUCCACACGGACAUCAAGCCGGAGAACAUCCUGAUGAGCGUGGAUGAGCCUUAUGUCCGGAAGCUCGCAGCUGAAGCCACCGAGUGGCAGAGGGCCGGGGCGCCUCCUCCCUCCGGCUCAGCAAUAAGCACAGCGCCUGCUCCAAAACAGGUAGUAAAAAUGUCCAAGAACAAGAAGAAGAAGUUAAAGAAGAAGCAGAAGCGUCAGGCAGAGCUUCUGGAAAAGUGCAUCUUGGACCUGGAGGAAAUGGAAAAGACCACAGAGACACGAGACGAUGAAGAAGAGGAAGAUGAGGACCCAGAGUCUCCAAAGGGACGGGCCUGCGCUCCUCUCAGACAGGUGUCUUAUCUGGAGCUAGGAGAUGAGGAAACUGAGGAGAGCAGUGAGAAUGCAGAUGUCAUGAGGGUGGGACCAGAGGGGCUGUUGGAGGUGAACUGUAACGGCCAUGUGCCGGUGGAACAGAGGCAGUCUCAGUGGAGGGACGAAGACCAACACAAUGGCAACGCAGAGCCCAAAGAAAAAUGUGCCAGUCAGGAGGAGCAACACGAGGAGCAACACGAGGAGUCUCCUGUUCACUUAAUCUGCAACGGUGUGGACUCUGCAGAUCUCAAGGAGCUGAACACGGACAGUGAAGGCAGGGGAGCUCACAGCAGCGGAUUACAUGGGAGACGCCUCCCUGCUGGGAUGGAGGACAGAGGGCUGAAGCAAAGCAUUCUGCAAGAGGAGGGGGAGGACGGGCCCGAAGAUGUGGACGGCAAGCUAACUGCAGGAUCCCUGCUAGUUAACCCCCUUGAGCCACUCAAUUCAGACAAGAUCAAGGUCAAGAUUGCAGACUUGGGAAACGCCUGCUGGGUGCACAAGCACUUUACAGAAGACAUCCAGACACGGCAGUACCGGUCCUUAGAGGUGCUGAUAGGGGCCGGAUACAGCACACCGGCCGAUGUAUGGAGCACUGCCUGCAUGGCUUUUGAGCUCGCCACAGGGGACUACUUGUUUGAACCUCAUUCUGGGGAAGAUUAUUCCAGGGAUGAAGACCAUAUAGCGCUGAUCAUUGAGCUGCUGGGGACUGUCCCACGCAAACUCAUAAUGUCCGGCAAAUAUUCCAAGGAUUUUUUCACCAAAAAAGGGGAUUUGAAACACAUCACCAAGCUGAAGCCCUGGGGGCUCAUGGAGGUGCUGGUGGACAAAUACGAGUGGCCCCGUGAAGAAGCUGAGUGCUUCACCGACUUCCUGCUUCCCAUGCUGGAUCUGAUCCCAGAGAAGAGAGCCACGGCCGCAGAGUGCCUGCGUCACCCCUGGCUCACCCUCUAGUGGACACCUCCAGCCACUGCACCUCCCCCCUCCUCCCACUCUCUCCAGAGACUGCAACAGAUCACUUUCCAGUUUGGGCAUAUCAAAUGAAUAUUUAUUUCUCUUUUUUCCGUUGUUUUUGGAUUUCUUAUGUUGUUAUUGAACUAAUGCUUCUGUGUAUGUUUGCUUUGUAUUUGUUGGUUCUUCUCUCGGUGUGAUGACGUUAGGACUUCAGUGGAUAAUAUUACUUUGUGGUCAUGUCGGCUCCAACCUGCUGUGCUCCGUUCCUCCACCCAACUAAGCAAUCCUGUUAUUGUACUGCUAGUGACUCAUCCUUGUUACACUCCUGCACUAAAACCCAAACAAAUUAAGGAUAUGUAGCCUCUCAUUCUGUCCCCUUAAAAUGAUUUGCUGUCUCUUCUUUUCUUGUGCAUUCUCAUUAGUGCUGUGUUGUUUUUUUAUGAAUAAGUUUAUCUUAUAUUACACAUGUAAGGUAUACAUUUUGUAUUUGUAAAGUAGGCGUAGGAAGUUGCACACUGGGCUAACAUUUACGCUGACUGUGGUUUCUCACUGAGACAUCCACUGUCUGAUAAUGUAGGUCAUGUUAUUUAGCCCUAACAAAUCCAUUGUCACCUGGUACUUAGUGAGGUUAGUUAAUUAUAAUAAAAGGUCUUUCAUUCCCAUGGGAGGCUGGUAUUCUCAUACAACUAUUACAAUUCAGGAAUAUAGUGUUUUAAAGGUUUCAACAAGACAACACGUUAAGAAGCCCAAUUUAGAGGAAAAAAAGUGAAAAUAAAGUGUAUAUAUCUGUACCAAAGAGUUUGCCUUUAUGUAUAUUACAGUUAUGUACAGUUUUUAACAAAUCUUAUAUCUUAGCUAAAAUUAUUUAGCUAGGUAGCUGUGUUUUAAUAAAGCAUAUGGAAGAAGUGUU